ACCUAAGACAUUCUCCUCAUCAUCACUAACGCGAUGCUCUCAUCGUCGCAAUACGGAGGGUCAGCCUCCCGGUCAGGGGGAAGCGCCCCAACCCUCUCCGACCUCGUCUCGCAGUCACGCAAGCUUACCUCUGCGAUCGAGCGCGAGAGGCAUUCAGCCCUCGGCGCUUCAGGAAGCAACAAUGCAGCAUCCAGCGGGGCAGGCGGCGGCAUUGGGGGCGCAGAGCUUCCCUCCAUUAACCUGGCGCUUGAUCAACUAGAGAGUCAGAGUAGGAGCUUAGCUGCUGGUGGAGGAGCAAGCGUUGGAGGGAGGGCGCAGCAGGGCGAUGCAAAGGCCCACUACUUCCUCGCUUCAGCAGGAAUCGACGCUUUCAGUCUCUCGCAGAAUGUCAACCAGACGAACAUUGCGUCCGCUUUUGAGCCGCUGGAGCCGCUGCAGGAUACCGAUGUCCAAGGCUACCUCCAACACGAACAGCAACAGAUCAUCCUUAGCGCAAUAGACGAAGGGCGCCGCGAGACGCUGGACGACUUCAAUCGUUCCCUCGCCCGUACCAUGCACUCCCGCUGGUCAAAGCAGAAGAAGCGCAUCUUCGAAGACCUGGGACAACACCAGAGUAGCGGUGGAAUGGCUGCUGCCUCCUCUGCAGACAGUGCCUUCCGACCCAUCGCGGGACGAGGGGCCGCUCGUACGGGCUCGGAGGGAACGUCUACCGACCCGCCCUUGAGCUCACUCUCGAUGCACACGAAGCUCAUGUCCUUCGACAACUUGAUUCGCUCCCUCAAUCAAGCAAGGUUGAGGGACUCUACCUUUCCUCUGGCUUCUGAGUUCCUCCGCCUCGCUCAGCAACAGCAGCAACACCAAGCCAGCCAAGCAAGCGCAUCGGGGAGCAGCGCCGAGUCCUCUUCGCAGCUGGUAGAAUGCUGGACUGCACUCCAGAAGAUUUUGGGAGAAGAGGGGAGCCACACCGUGCGCGAGAGGCAGUUCUCAGCCGCCUACUCUGACCCAGCUACGUACUACGGCACAGCUGAGGGCAGGGACAUGAGGCAGCGCAUCACUCGUGGCGCGAGGCGCUUCUUGGAAGGACAGUUCGAGGUGCAUGUGGACAACGUCAUUGCCUCCAAUCCUAGUAAGGCACAACUGGGUGGCCAGCCGGGAAUUGUGGCUCGUGUGGCCGCAUUCCUCCGGGUCAGCCAUCUGGGACGUGAGGGACGAUGGGCCUCCGAGCUGGAAGUGCUCCGCAAGAGCGCCAAUGCAGCACCCCAGCCUGUGUGGGCCAGUGUCUUCCAUCUCCUCCGCACCGGUCACCUGCAGCAAGCCCUCGCCCACGCCGAAGAGUACGAAGAAGGGAUGCGACGCUCAGACGCUGGCUUCUUGGGCUGGUUCCGUGAAUGGGUCGAGUCUGGCGGUACGGGCCUCUCGAGGUCGAGUAGGGACAGGUUCUAUGCCGAGUUCAAUGCGAGGUUCCGCAACCUCGCCAUGGGCGGGUCUAGCGGCGGAGAUGCGGCUGGAGUGGAUCCCUACAAGCUGGCCCUCUAUCGCCUCAUCGGGCGGGUAGACGCAACUCGCAAGUUCCCCAGCUCACUCACAAAGAGUACAGAGAAUUGGCUGUGGCUGCAGUUGAUGAUGAUUCGCGAGCCCAACGUCUCUCCUGUGGCUGGGCUUGGGGAGGAUGAGGAGGACGGAGUCGACCAGCGAGAUGACUACACUUUGGAUUACCUAGCACGAAAGCUGCGCAGCUACGGUGAGAAGCACUUCGAUCCCAAGGGGCGACGACCCUUGCACUACUUCCUGGUGCUGCUCCUCAGCGGAGAGUUCGAGCGUGCCGUCGCCUUCCUAUACGCGCGGGUCCAGCAUCAAUCGGACGCGGUACAUUUUGCUAUUGCGCUUGCCUACUACGGCUUGCUCAGGCUCCCGCCUGCUGGUCAACAACAACAGCAGCUCGGUCGCUCGCUUAUGGGCGCGGGCGCCGGCGGAGACGCUCUGCAGAUUGACAACUCAAGCGGCAGGGAGGUAGCCGCCCUCGACUUCCCACGUCUCAUCACGAGGUAUAUCCGCCUCUUCUCGUCCUCCGAUGCGCGAUCAGCACUGGAGUACCUCUACCUCAUUUGCCUCCCCGUUUCUUCCUCGCCUUCGGACCAAUCCGGCGUAUCUCGCGCCAUUCAGGAAGAACAACGCACCCGCUGCUACUCAGCAAUCAAGGAUCUCGUCACCUCUACUCGCCUGUACGCCGACCUUGUCGGAGACGUCAGGGUGGAUGGCGCCCGAGUGCCAGGUGCAAUCGAAGAGGCCCUACCCCUGCUCAGGAUGGAGGGAGACCAGCAGUACUUGCGCAACAUCGUCCAGGCGGCAGCACAGCAGAGUGAGGGGCAGGGAAGGACAAGGGACGCAAUUUUGCUCUUCAACCUGGCGGAAGAGUAUGACAGGGUUGUGGGAGUGCUCAAUAGGGAGCUUGGGAUUAGCUUGUUCUCUGACUCGCAGGACGCGCAGCCACAGCAAGCGUCAGCGCUCAACCCCAACGCAACCUUGUCGACGACAUCCGACCUCCCCACCCUCGCCCAAGCCGUCUUGCAAAGCUACGAGUCCCAACCACAUAUCCUCCGUCGCGUGGACGCAACCGCACGACAGACUUGCAAGCUCCUCCUCGAGCUCCAUAGAGCGGUCAACCUCGUUCGCUCAGGCAACGAAGACAAGUUGGAGCAAGCACUCUCCGUCCUCGAGGCAACGGAUCUCUUCCCCCUCUCGGGUGCAGCCAGGGGAGAUGUGGUUGCGCUGAGCAGACGAGCGGAAGGCUUCUUCCGACGUGUCGACGAAAGUGUGGGCAGGAAUCUCAGCGAGCUCCUUCUGCUCACAAUGGACGUCCUCUAUCGCGUCCACGCAAGACUUAAGCGCGCCAGGGAGAAUGGGGCUGCUGGAGCCGGGCAAGCGGAGGGUGCUGAGGCGAGGGAGGCGAGAAUGGGUGAGGUGCGAAACCAGGCGCGAGCCUUGAUGAUGUUUGCGGGUAUGCUGAGGUUCAGGAUUGAGCAAGGUGUGUUUGCUCAGCUCACGAGGUUGGAUGCGUUCAUUCGUUGAGUCGGGCGUUGGAAAGGCAUGGCUUGAGCUUGGUCAGUUGGGAGGGGAGGUAGGAAAGGAAGGCAGGAUGGGGAGAGGAACAAAGGCCUCUGCGAGAGGACCUCAAUUCAAUGCUCAUAAGAAGAUUUA